AUGGCGGCGGCGAAUAUCCCGACUCUACGAGACGCUGUUUCCGAUGACCUGAACUACGAAGUAUGGGCUCCGAUCGUGAAACGUACACUAGCGGAGAAAGGACUCUGGGACGUCGUUGAGAACGGAACCCCGCCGGAUCCGUCGAAGAUUCCAGAGCUAGCGGCGACGAUCCAAGCCGACGAUCUUUCCCGAUGGAGAGAUUCCGUGGGGAAAGACACGAAAGCGCUCCAGAUACUGCAAUCUUCUAUCCCGGAUUCGGUUUUCAGGAAGACGCUCGAGGCCGAUUCGGCCAAACAUCUCUGGGAUCUGCUAAAGGAAAGCGACGAGCAAGCGAAGCUAGAGAAGCGAUUCCAACAGCUUAGAACGGAGAAACGAGAACGUCUCUCGUCGUACAUUGAUAAAGUCGCGGAGGUCGCUACCGAUCCCCGUUUUGCAGGUGCGAAAUCCAAAUUAAAGAGUACAACGAAGCUAAUUUCGCUGUCAGAUUCAAUCGACGGUGCAGCUCCGGUGAUGAAUCAGCUCGUAGGUCUGGAGAGUCUGACUUUUAACAAUUUCCGCGAGCUUCUUCGUAUGUUUGAAUCAGUACCAGUGGAAACCUUCUACGAGAAAUUGAAAGCAUCCGGUCAUCAUGAAGCUAUAACCAAAUUGUUAACCUCGCUGUCAGAUUCAUACAUUGCUGCUGCUGCUGCAGCUCCUCCGGUGAUGGAGAAUCUGAGUUUUAACCAUCUCCGUAAGUGCCUUGGUGUAUAUGAAUCGCUACCAGGUGAGGACAUCUGUAGAAUGUUGAAAAGAUUGGAGCCACAAUCGAAAGAGGAUUCAACGAAAUCUAAGGAUGUUUGCAGAAGGAACCAGCAGAAGAAGCAAGAGAGGAGGGAUGAUGAUGAAGUAGUGCCUGAGUAUGUAUCGUAUGCAAUGUAUGUUGGUGAUUUGACAUAUGAUGAGGAUAUGUGGAUGAUAUACACAACUACCACGAACCAUAUGACUCCGUACGAGAAGCAUUUCACGAAUCUAGACAGGACGCGGAGAGCGAAGGUCACGUUCAUCGACGGGAGUAGCAUCAUGGCGCAAGGGACGGGAGAUGUCAGGGUUUUGACGAGGGAAGGGAAGAAGAAGACGAUCAAGAACGUGCUUUACGUUCCGGGGAUUGUGGCAAACGCGUUGAGUGUUGGUCCGCUGAGUGUGAGCGGCUUUGAUGUUGAGAUGGAUUUGCAUAAAGUCACUAUAAGGGAUGAGAAGACGAGGAAGGUUUUUGGUGAAACCAGGUGGGAGGAAAACAGAGGUUUUUGCCUGCGCUUGCAGGCUUAUUGA